AAAGUAGUGAAAAAGAUGCAUGUUAAAAUGAGCUGAAGAAAAGCUAAGCUAUUUGUGUGCAGCUCCAAUGGUGUGCAGAGCCAUAUCUCAUCCUCCUCGAGAUAGAAACCAGUUGUUAAAGUUGAUCAACCUCUCCACCGCUCUCUCUCACCUCAAUCAGACCCACGCCCAGCUCAUCCUCAACGCCCACCUCCACGACAACAUCGUCGUCACCAAAUUCCUUCAAAAACUCCUCGACUUCAAAGCUCCGGCGCAAGCCAAACUCCUCUUCGCCAAAGCCCAGGCGCCCGAUCUCUUCCUCUACAACGCCCUCAUCAAAGGCCUCAGAGACACCCCCUUCGAUUCCCUAUCCCUAUACAACACUCUACUCCGAAAAUCACACCUCAAACCCGAUAAUUUCACUUAUUCCUUUCUCAUCUCGGCUUUCUCGCGAUCCUCGUCGCCCGCGUCUCCGAAAGUCGCGGUUUUGCUUCACGGGCACGCGGUGGUUUCCGGGUUCGGAUCGGAUGUGUUUGUGGGCUCCGCUCUAGUCGACGCGUACACGAGGUUUUCCAAGUUUAGGCAGGCGCACAAGGUGUUCGACGAAAUACCUGAACCGGAUACGGUUCUCUGGAACACGUUGCUUUCCGGGUUGGUGAAGAAUUCCCGCUUCGACGAAUCGCUUGCGGUGUUUGGCGACAUGAUUCGGAGAGCUGCGCGGCUUGAUUCCACUACUUUGGCCGUCGUGCUCUCCGCGGUGGCUGAGCUGCAGCGUUUCAGAGAUGGGAUGCUGCUGCAGGCAUUGGCUAUCAAGGUUGGCUGCCAUUUCGACAAGCACGUGCUUACUUGUUUGGUCUCGUUGUACUCUAAGUGUGGAGAUGUCUCGACUGCUCGAUUGCUGUUUGAGCUGAUUGGGAGGCCGGAUUCGAUUGCCUACAACGCGAUGAUAUCUGGUUUGUCGUGUAACGGUGAAGCUGAGCAGUCGCUGCAGCUGUUUCAAGAACUGCUUUCAUCGGAGCACAGAGUUAGCUCGAGUAGCGUAGUUGGUUUGAUUCCGGUUUUCCAUCCGUUUGGCCGUUUAGAUCUCACUCAAACCAUCCAUGGCUUGUGUAUCAAGUCUGGUUUCACCUCGAAUUCCCCUGUCUCGACUGCAUUGACAACGGUUUACAGCCGGCUUAACGAGCUACAUCUUGCUAGGAGCCUCUUUGACGAGUUACCCGACAAGCCUCUAGCGUCGUGGAACGCAAUGAUAUCUGGUUAUGCUCAAAAUGGCCACACGGAGAAGGCGAUAUCCCUUUUUCAUGAGAUGCAGGAGCUCGAUAUUCGGCCUAACCCUGUCACCAUCACCAGUAUUCUCUCGGCUUGCGCUCAGGUUGGCGUGUUAGGGUUGGGGAAAUGGCUUCAUCGUUUGAUCGAGGAGGAGUGUUUAGAACCUAGCAUCUACAUAUCAACUGCUUUGAUCGACAUGUACAUGAAAUGUGGGAGCGUUGAGGAGGCUAGGAAGUUAUUCGAUGCCAUGGUGGAAAGGAAUGCAGUGACUUGGAAUGCCAUCAUCUCUGGCUACGGCCUUCAUGGAGACGGGAAGGAGGCGCUGAGGUUGUAUCGAGAAAUGCAGGAGGCCGGAGUCCCCCCAACGGGCGUGACUCAUCUCUCUGUUCUGUAUGCUUGCAGCCAUGCCGGUUUGGUGGAAGAAGGUGAAAGAAUGUUCCGUUCCAUGAUCCAUGAUCAUGGCUUUGAGCCCAAAUCCGAGCACUACGCGUGCAUGGUGGACAUUCUUGGGCGGGGUGGGCGGUUGGAGGAGGCCGUGGAGUUCAUUACCAACAAGAUGCACUUUGCACCGGGCCCUGCUCAGUGGGGGGCGUUGCUAGGCGCCUGUAUGGUUCACAAGAACACCAAGCUAGCGCGUCUGGCCUCUGCUCGACUGUUUGAGAUGGAGCCGGGGAACAUAGGUUACCACGUUCUGCUCUCGAAUAUACACUCCACCAAUAGCAACUUCUCAGAGGCUGCUUCUCUGCGUCAAGUGGUGAGGAGGAAGACGCCCGGGUGCACCUUGAUUGAGGUGAAGGGGCGCGCGCAUGUGUUCACUUCGAGUGACCGGUCCCACCCUCAGUCGGGGGAGAUCUACGCCACGCUGGAGCGGGUGAUGGGGAAGAUGAAGGAUGAAGGGUAUCAAGCAGAGACAGUGAUGGCACUGCAUGAUGUGGAGGAGGAGGAGAAGGAGCUGAUGCUCAAGUUUCAUAGUGAGAAACUGGCUAUUGCUUUUGGGCUUAUGAUGUGUGAAGAUGGAGAUGAGAUUAGGAUUAUUAAGAAUCUUAGGGUGUGUUUAGAUUGUCAUAAUUUUACUAAGUUUGUGUCUAAGAUUAGUGACAGGAAAUUAACUGUCAGAGAUGCUAAUAGGUUUCAUCAUUUUCAACAUGGUGAGUGUUCAUGUGGAGAUUAUUGGUAACAGAAUUGUUCAAACCUUCAAAA